AUGAUGAUUCUGCAAUUAAUCAUUCUCGCUCUGGUGACAGGGCACACAGGGGGAGAGACCAGGAUCAUCAAGGGCUACGAGUGUCCUCCUCAUUCCCAGCCCUGGCAGGUGGCUCUGUUCCAGAAGACACGGCUGCUGUGUGGGGCGACCCUCAUCGCCCCCAAAUGGCUCCUGACAGCAGCCCACUGCCGCAAGCCGUGGGUGCACUCAUCUCUCUCCUUCCCCUCAUGUCUCUCUCCAUCUCCUGUCUCGCCUUCCCUUUCCAUCUCUGACCACCGUCUCUCCCACCCCAGCCGAUACGUAGUUCACCUGGGAGAACACAACCUCCAGCAGCAGGACGGCUAUGAGCAAACCCGGACAGCUACUGAGUCCUUCCCCCACCCAGGCUUCAACAACAGUCUCCCUAACAAAGACCACCGCAAUGACAUCAUGCUGGUGAAGAUGGCGGCACCAGCCUUCAUCACCUGGGCCGUGCGACCCCUCACCCUGUCAUCACACUGUGUCACUGCUGGCACCCACUGCCUCAUUUCCGGCUGGGGCACCACGUCCAGCCCCCAGUUGCACGUGCCCCAUACCUUGCGAUGUGCUAACAUCACCAUCAUUGAUCACAAGAAGUGUGAGAACGCCUACCCUGGCAACAUCACAGAUACCAUGGUCUGUGCCAGUGUCCAACAAGAGGGCAAGGACUCCUGCCAGGGUGAUUCUGGGGGUCCUCUGGUCUGUAACGGGUCUCUUCAAGGCAUCAUCUCUUGGGGCCAGGAUCCAUGUGCUGUCACCAGAAAGCCCGGUGUUUACACAAAGGUCUGCAAAUACAUGGACUGGAUCCAGAAGACGAUGGAGAAUAAUUAG